CGGGAGUGCAAGGCGCUCCGGCGAUGGGAGGCGGCAAGAACUCAGACGGCAAGGCGAAGGGCGGCGGCAAGGGCUCCAAGGACAGCGGCAAAGGCGGACCCAGCGGCCCAAAGGGCAAGGACGGCGGCAAGGGCAAGGACGGCGGCAAGAGCAAGGACGGCGGCAAGGACGGCGGCAAAGGCAAGGCCAAGGGCAAGGACAGCGGCAAGGGCGGCCGCUGGCCCGACGAGCGGGCCGCACCUCCCUCGCGGGGCGCGGACGACGACAACGCCAUCGCGAAGCGCGACGGAGGGCGGCAGCGCGGCGGCGACCGCCAGCCACUGGAGUUCAAGGGCGACCACUGCGAGGUCAAGAAGCACAGUGAGAUGGGCUGUGCCGUGGUCACGAUGGAGUCACAAACCGCCCGAGAUGCGGUCUUGAAGCUCACCACGGACCGGACUCCCAACCCGGCGGACGGGUCGGAGAAGCGCCCCGAGGUCACGAUUGCGGACACGAGGAUACAGCUGCGGGCCCACGUCGACAAGUCCGAGAAGACCGAGACCAAGACGGACCUCUUCAUCGCCUGGGGCCGCAAGGCGGAGAAAGCGUCCCCGAUUCCCUCGGAGGACAUCGCGCACGCCUUUGACGACCUGUUCCGGGAGGCGCAGCGGAUGAUCGGGCAGGACACAGCAGCGGCCACCGCCUCCCUCAAGUCCAUGCUGGCCGCCAUGCCGCAGACCAACGCGCCGGCCCGCCCGCUGCCCGGCGCGCCCGUGGCCGCUCCAGCAGCCAUCCCGGCCUUCUCGCCGGCGGCGCAGUCUGGCGUCGCUGCAGCCCACGCCGUGGCGCAGCAGCAGUACGCGGCCAUGAUGGCGCAGCACAUGAUGAUGCAGCAGGCCGCAUUUCAGCAGGCCCAGAUGCAGCAGGCGGCGGCGGCGGCCCAGUUUGCCCAGCAGCAGGCGGCCAUGCAGAGGGCGGCCAUGCAGAGGGAGAUGCGGGCCGACGCUCCGGAAUUCCAGUUCACCCCGGCACCGCAGAAAAGCGCGGCCCACACGAAGGUGUGGACCAUUCGGGAUCCCACGACCCACAAGCCGAUCGAUGCGCAGCACGGGCAGCAGGACUUCAGCGCGCCGAAGAAGGGCGAGACGAAGGUCAUGGCCAUUGUUGACCCCAGCAGCGGUGAAAAGAUCAGCGCCGUGGACUUCGCCCCGCCGAAGGAUACCGCGUCCCUGACGAUCACCGAUCCACAGAGUGGCACUGCGAUCAAGGUCUGAGAAUUGUUUUAUGAUGCGCAAGGAGGUCGUUGCGAGAGGCGAUUGCAUGCCCGAGCCAGUCUUUAGAUGGAUGAUGAUGUGCGCAGACUCCGAUUGAUCUCCCCGGGCGACUUCGCUGCCCGCGUCUGCAUGAAGCUUCCGCGAUCUCGCUCCUCGCUUCCCCACGCGCAGACUCAAGUCUGGCGCGUCCCUCUACAGGA